CGCUCACGUGACCAGGGGCGUGCUGCGGCCGCCCGGGCGGACCCGGCGAGAGGCGGCGGCGGGAGCGGCGGUGAUGGACGGGUCCGGGGAGCAACCCAGAGGCGGGGGGCCCACCAGCUCUGAGCAGAUCAUGAAGACAGGGGCCCUUUUGCUUCAGGGUUUCAUCCAGGACCGAGCAGGGCGAAUGGGGGGAGAGACACCGGAGCUGGGCUUGGAGCAGGCGCCCCAGGACGCAUCCACCAAGAAACUGAGCGAGUGUCUCAAGAGGAUUGGAGAUGAAUUGGACAGUAACAUGGAGCUGCAGAGGAUGAUCGCGGCCGUGGACACAGACUCUCCCCGAGAGGUCUUUUUCCGAGUGGCAGCUGAAAUGUUUUCUGACGGCAACUUCAACUGGGGCCGGGUUGUCGCCCUUUUCUACUUUGCCAGCAAACUGGUGCUCAAGGCCCUGUGCACCAAGGUGCCCGAGUUGAUCAGGACCAUCAUGGGCUGGACAUUGGACUUCCUUCGAGAGCGGCUGCUGGGCUGGAUCCAGGACCAGGGUGGUUGGGACGGCCUCCUCUCCUACUUUGGGACACCCACGUGGCAGACGGUGACCAUCUUUGUGGCUGGAGUGCUCACUGCCUCACUCACCAUCUGGAAGAAGAUGGGCUGAGGCCAUCAACUGCCUUGGACUUUUUCUGCAUAAAUUAUGGCAUUUUUCAAGGGGGGGUGGAUUUGGGGGCCAUGGGAGUUUUUCUUACUUUUGUAAUUAUUGGGGUGGGGCAGGGUAGGGAGGAGUGGUCUUGCGAGGGUGGGUGCAAUAAACCUCUUUCGGACCACA